CUAGCCUAACCUAACAUUUGCAACAAAAAACUAUAUCUAAUUACUAAUUACAUAUAUCGUUAUAUAUUUAUAUUUUUCAGAGACGAAUUCAAUGUACGCCGAAUGCAUACUGCUGUAAAAUUAAAUGAAGUUAUUGUAAAUAAAUCACAAGACGCUCAACUGGUAAUUAUGAAUUUACCAGGACCACCAAGAAAUAUUAAAACAGACCGUGAAAGCAAUUAUAUGGAGUUCUUAGAAGUAUUAACAGAAGGCCUUGAAAAGGUGCUAAUGGUAAGAGGAGGAGGUCGUGAAGUAAUAACUAUUUAUUCUUAAAAAAUCUUUAACAUAAUAAAGAUUAUGAUGGUAUUAACAUAAUAGGCAACUUCUCAAUUCAAUCAUUUUUUAAUUAUUUUAUUUUCAAUCAAAAGUUUAAUGAUUCAUUUACAAAUAUACUUUGUACGAAAGUGUUAAUAAAUUUGUUAUAGUGAAAACUA